ACUUCCGGUAACAAUAUGGCAGAAGAAACGCAUGAAGAAAAGCAUGGGAAGACUAUUUUCAUCAGAAAUCUGCCUUAUUCAACAAAUAAUGAAAAGCUUGAAAAAAUAUUUUCCGAUAUAGGUCCCAUAAAGUCUUGCUUUGUGGUCAGUGACAAAGGUAAACUUCAAAAUCAACGUUAGGAACUGCAAACGGCUAAUCUUAGUAAGCACUUUGAUGAAAAUUUCAAAACAUUUUUUAAAAUAUAAAAAUACUACAGCUGUAUAGAGCCUGGAGAGCAGCUUAAAAAAACACCAAGAUCAACUUUCUAGCUCAAGUGGUUCAAAAGCUAUGAAUUUUUUAGUAGGGUCGACUUAUUUUAACUUUCAACUUUGGCACAUGAAUAAUUAAUUAAAGCGUUCCUUGACCAAUUAUGAAUGAAACUCUGAGGUAGUACUAUGAUAUAGCCAUUAUGCAAGUGGCUGUGAAUAGUUGCCAAUGACGUGUUGCACACGGAAAAUUCUGAUGAUUUAUGGACUCUACAUGGUUUUUAAAGCUCAAAUUAAAACAUUCCAGUUUAAAUGUCUUCAAAAUGCAUUCUAAAACACAAGUUAUCAAAUAUUUUGAUGUAAAUGGUGGUAAUAAUUAAAUAUUUCCUAAGUAUCUGCAACUUACACCAUUAAAAAGUGGCGUGGCCCAUGCCAUGUUGAAAUUAGGCAGAGCGACCUUAUGGUUAUCUGGGUCACAGGGACAAUAAAGAACGUCGGACAUGACCCACUUCAAUGAGAAAUGGCACACGUAUACUUUAAUAUCAAAUGCUUUUCAUGAUUUAAUAUGAAAGACCUUUUCUUUUUAUUUCACAAUAAAUUUUGUUUGCGAAAAUGCCUUAUAUAUACCAAAGAUUUUCAAAAUAAAGGUAGAAUGAUAAAGCAAAAUAGCUGGAUGUCAAUGUAGGCUAAGAUGUCUACCAAAAUAUAUGGCUAGAAACGGAACUCAAAUAUAUGUCGAAAGUACUCAUUUAAUAAUAAAUGUGCACACACAUUGGAAAAUUAAAAACUCUGAUUUUUCUCCGCUGAUGCCCAUUUCCGAUACACAAAAGUAGUAGUCUCCCUUUUUUCAUCGAAGUAGCUACUCAAGGGCUAUUUUUGAGUUAGCGGUAAGACUGACAAUGUGUAAAUGUUUGUAUUUACAUAAUGCAAAUUAUUGUUUUCUUAUUUUAUAUUUCUUGUUAAAUUUGCGAGGGGUCUCCCCUCCCCAGAGAAUUUCUAUGUUUCUUAUUUUGGUAUUUAAAGUGAGGGGAGGGGUUUGGGGAGGGGUCUCCCCUCCUUCCCUCCCCAGAGACCCCUCCCUAGUUCCUAGAAGAUCCUUCCAAAUGCAAUUUGAGCAGUAGUCUUCCUUUUGUUACCUAAGUUUCAACAGGGAAUUUUUUAUGUCAACUAGUCAAAAUAUAACAAUUUUGGCGGGUGUCUUUUUUUUUCACCGGUGUUGGGUCUUGGGGUAUCAGCAAGGAUGUGUUUCUUUUUUCCUUUCUUUUGAAAUGUGCAAGUUGUAUUUUAAAUAAAAAUUAAUGUAAAAUUUCAUUUCAGUAUACUUCAUAUUAACCGUAUCGUUUAUGACGCAAGUAAUGCUCAAUAAAUAACAGGAAUGUUAUAACACACAUCAUUCAUGUCCUUCAAACAAUAGAUAUAUUCAUCCUAAGUCCAGUGUUGGGAUUCCCCAAUGUGACGUCACUGGGCUUAGGUGGGAAAACUCUUGGCAAAACCCAUACUGUUAAAUCAAAAUUUACCGAACUCAAGUAACGCACAUUUAAGAAUCCCAAUUAUUGCUCCUUCCCUUCCCCCCAUAAAACGUCAAUGCACACUUUUUAAUUUCACGCCCAUGAACUAUAUUAAUACUCUGAUGUCCUAACCACUUUUAAAGCGAAUAUUUAUUACACCAUAUGUAAAUUAAGACAAUUUCAUUUUCCGAAAAGAAAUUAUUGCGCACCAAAUGUAAUUGCAUUAUUUUUUUUAAUAUAUCAUUUAGCGUAGUUAUCGGGAAUUAUAUUUUGCACUCUACCAAACUCACUAAUGAGCCAUACUUUCUUUCAAACAUGUAGAAUUAUUUUUAAUUUGAAAAAACGAAACCACGACAUUAAAAGUAUUACAUUAAAAUCAAUUAAGUAGAAGUAAAUGCAAAGAGAUUACGCCAUGUUUUUUCCCAUGGUAGCCGUGUAAAAAAUAAAAUAACUCACGUCUGCUAAAAUUAGGAAUUGAGACGUUAAAAUUUAAAGUACAUAAAUUUCGUGGUGUACUUGGCUACUUUAUUGCAUUGUACCCCUCUAGGCUCUAGAUAUGCGGCAAGAAGCGUAAACAAGCUUCGGUCGCCCUUUCCUCACUUGCCAAAUUUAACUUACCUUAUUAGUACAAUAUUGAUUUGAUAUUUUACUUUUUUUAAACCGUCUAUGCUUUCCAUUGGCUACCAUAAUAACAGUUUAACAGAAAGUUUAAGCAUCACUUGGUUUAUGUUUUUGUCACACCAAUGUGGUUAGCAUCACACUAGAAGGGGAAAUAAUAACUUUAUAAUUGAAAAUGCUAUAAUUUAUGUUAAAAGAUUGAAAGACCAAAUUAUGUUUUUGUCACACCAAUGUGGUUAGCAUCACACUAGAAGGGGAAAUAAUAACUUUAUAAUUGAAAAUGCUAUAAUUUAUGUUAAAAGAUUGAAAGACCAAAUUAUAGUUGGUUUAAAACAUAUUUUAUCUUAAAAAUCCAUGUCAUUGUAUUUUAGCAUUUUCACUAAUAUAAUAGUAGCAAAAUUAAAUAUGAUUUUUUAAAAAUAAUUUAAGCUGUUGAGUAAAAGACCAGCUCGGCUAAUUAAGGUGAACAAAAUUCAGCACCAAACAAAUACUGGUGAGGAGACUCUAAACAUUAAACAGAGUAAAAAAGAUGGAAUACCAUAGCCAUUAUUUAAUCAGAGUUGCUCCCACUGGACAUUGUUUUUAAAGAUGGCUGCCAGUGUUAAGGACCAUGUUUCAAUAAUUUGGCCAGUAACUCACUUUAGGUUCAUCAAUAGUUUAGUUUACCGACAUUAAGAAAAGUAUUUAAACUUUGUCUGACUCUGAAGAUUUAUUAAAAUAUGUUGUUUAUUUUGGUAAUUCCUUUCAUUUGUUUAAGAUUCAGGAAAAUGCAGAGGCUUUGGCUAUGUCAAAUACACCCUUCUGUAAGUAUAUUCACCAUUCAUUUUGUUGCCUCUUGUGUAUGAAUAUGUAACAAUAUUAGCUAAACAUUUUGAAAUGGCACACAACAAAACGUGCAUGUAUGCAAAAUAGAUUCUUGCAUGAAUGCUGCAAAUAAGUUGUUCCAUACUUUUCACAGAGAAGAUGCAGAGAAGGCUCUGAAGACGAUCAAGAAAGUAGAAGGGAGAAAUGUGCACAUAAUGUAUGCAAAGAAAAAAGAAAAAAGUAAUUGUUUAUUUCACAUUGUUACUAAUAUCAAAGUGUUUAUAUUAUUUUGAUCACUGUAGCAAGCCUGGCUUCCUGUAGCAAUAGUGAUGAAAGAUAUCAUAAUAUAAUAAAUUGUCUUUCAAUGUGACAAAGAUCAUUAAGACUGAGUUCCUUUUACCACAUUGGUUCCAAUAAAGUUAACAAGAACUUAACAUGAUUCACUGAAGUAUAACAUCAAACCCAAAAGUGUGCAACCAUUUCAGUGAAAACAUGGUGGCAGUUGUAUCCAGGAAUAAAAGCUAAAUUAUUGACAGCUUUUUAAGCCUCCAUUGCUAUAUUAGUAUUGCCAAAAACUACUUACUUUUUAUUAUAGUGUUUGAAAUAUGACGGUAGUGAAUUAGUUACAAUACAGCUGUUACAUGUACAAUAGUACAAUAUGCUAUAUGAAGAGCCAUGGAUAUUAUUAUAAGUUACUUUGCUGAUAAGAACUCAAGUAUCUUUGUUCAUAUAGGAAGCUUCAAACUUAUUGAAUGUUAUUUUUACACCACUUUUUAUAAAUUCAACUUUUGCUUAAAAAAAUUAAUUUCUUUGGUUGUUUUCCUCCAUCAGAGAAAAAGUUUGGUCGUCCAGUAAAGGAACCUGGAGAUGAUCAAACAACUGAAACCACUAAUGAAGGCAAAGCUCAGAAAAAUGUCCCUGAAACCAAAGCCCCUGUAACUAAGGGGCAAGCUCAAGAAAAAAAGACAGCUAGUUUUAAUAAGUUUAAGCAACCCAAAGCUGAGCCACCAGUGAAAGGGCUAAGACAGGCCCCAAAUCCUCUGAAUGAAGGGAAGAGAGCCAGGUUGAUUGUUAGGAACUUGUCUUUUAAGGUGAUUUGAUUUUCAGGGUGAUUUUUGUUAUCAAUCAAGUAAAUAUCAUUGAGGCUAUAGUUAGAAAGUUUGUAAUUGAGUAUAUUGUUUCUGUAUGUAUGACUUGACACUUUUCUUGGUGGGAAACUAAAUCAUUUCCCUCUUUUCUUUUUGGUUCUUAUGUAAUUAAAACCAGGUGUUCUCUAAGUAAAAUGUUACUUGGAGAAGACUUUUGUGUUAUUCUAAGAAUAAUGUUACUUUAGGGAGACUUUUGUGUUAUUCUAAGUAUAAUGUUACUUGAGGAGACUUUUGUGUUAUUCUAAGUAGAAUGUUACUUGAGGGAGACUUGUGUUAUUCUAAGUAGAACGUUACUUGAAGGAGACUUUUGUGUUAUUCUAAGCAUAAUGUUACUUGGAGGAAACUUUUGUGUUAUUCUAAGUAUAAUCUUACUUCUGUUUUUUCUAAGUACCAUGAUGUUACUUGUAGGAGAUUUUUUGUGUUUUUUCUAAGUAUAAUGCUACUUGAAGAAGACUUUUGCUUUUAGCCUGAAUGUUUACUUGUUAUUAGAUUUUAAUUAAAUAAACCUUGAGUAUUUUUAUUUUUUUUUUUCAAUUUAGUGUAUUCUCAAAUUAAAAUAUUCUGUAAGUAGUCCAGACAAAAUGAGACAAUUUGAAGAGCAACAUUGCUAUACUCUAUAGAUUAACUCUACUUUAAAAUUCUUUUUAAUUCUUUUUUCUUGCCAGUGUGAAAAAGAAGACUUGAAAAAAGCAUUUGGAAACUUCGGAACAGUUGUUGACGUUCAUAUUCCUAAGAAAGGUUUGUUUACCAACAGUUGUUGACGUUCAUAUUCCUAAGAAAGGUUUGUUUACCAACAGUUGUUGAUGUUCAUAUUCCUAAGAAAGGUUUGUUUACCAACAGUUGUUGACGUUCAUAUUCCUAAGAAAGGUUUGUUUACCAACAGUUGUUGACGUUCAUACUCCUAUGAAAGGUUUAUGAUCUAUGAUAACUUCUCAAUAAUUUCUAAUUGCACCAAAGAUUUCUCUGCUUUAUAUAACUAUGGUUGUUGAAUUAUGCAAUUCAGCAUGUACUGUUAAUAAUUAAAUCACAUUGGUUUCAGCUUCUGGCUUGAAAAUGGGUUUUGGUUUUGUCCAGUUUGCUAACAAAGCCCAGGCAGGAAUGGCGGUAAAAGAGCUCAAUGGAAAAGAAAUAUCUGGUAAGUGUCAUUAGUGGGUUUUUUAUAAUUAGAUAUUCCCUUUUGGCAUAGUCAGUCUGCACGGCAAAGGGACUAAAUUGUUUGUCAAACUUCCCGUCACUAGCCUGUUAGAAAGCCAGCUGUUAAUAUUCCCGUCACUAGCCUGUUAGAAAGCCGGCUGUCAAACUUCCCGUCACUAGCCUGUUAGAAAGCCGGCUAUCAAACUUCCUGUCACUAGCCUGGUAGAAAGCAAUAGAUUUUUAUCCCUAUUGUUCUUUUUUAUUAUUUUUAUCACUUCAAAAGUUUUUAUGUAAGAUAUUUGGCCUACUUAUGUGCAGCAAAUUUUGUUAUAAACAAAGGAAAAACAUCUAUGAUUGAAGUUUUGUUUGUUUAAAUCCCUUUUUCCCAACGUGGGGCCCAUGCCCCACAGGGGGGCAAUUUGAUUGUUUAGGAGGGCAAUUUGAUAAAUUAGCUGUCUAGAUUUUUAAAACCAACCGUCUACUUUGAUUUAACUUGUAAUUUAAAAGGAGAAUCGUUUAAGUCCCACCAUAAAAUAAGCAUUCUUUAAAAGGGUUUUAAAAAUCAUUUAAGUUUCUUCAGUAAACAACCCUGUUUUAGAAUAUUAAAAAUUAUGCUUAUGAUACAUGGGGGGCAGAGGGGCAUACGCAUACAAAUUUUAGAAAGGCUUGGGUGGAGCAUGGCACAAAAAAGGUUGGGAAACACUCUAAAUAUUGUUGUUCACAUUUUUAAAACAUGUUCUUUUCCGCAGGUAGAGUUGUCGCUGUUGAUUGGUCUCUACCUAAGGAUAAAUUUGAAGCCACCCGAACAGGUACAAAUAUUCAUAUUGUUUUGUUUUGAUGUGUUGUAGAUAGGGAGGAACUUUUACCCCCUCCCCUUUUACACUAAUGGAGUUUUUAUAAGCAGAGUUUUUGUAUCUCCAUAUUUGUGAUAAGUUAUCAGAUUAUUAAAUGUGUAUAAUUAAUCACUUAAUGAACAUUUUAAUUUUAAAAAUACCUUGAAUUAUAGUCAACAAAAUGGAAAUACCAGAAGAGAGCACAGAAGAUGUAGACAACAGUGUUAGCAUGGAUGUGGAUGAGGAUGAUGAAAGCAUAGAAGAAGAUGCUCAGGUUGACCGUAAGAGUAUAAGUGCCACCAAAAAAGGAAAUGCAGUGACAAACAAAGGUAAUGUGACAACACAAAAAGGAAAAGCUGUAAAGGAAAGUAGUGAAGAGGAUGAAAGCUCUAGUGAUGAGGGUGAGGAAGAAAGUGAAUCCAGUGAAGAUGAACAAGACUGGAGCGAUGAAGAAGAAUCUAUCGGUGGUGAUGAUGAAGACACAAGUGAAGAUGAUGAAGAAGAUAGUGGAAGUGAAGAUGAGGAUUCACAUGGAAAGCCGGCCAAGACUAUUGGUAAGCUUUCAUCUAGUAAUAAUUUACUCAUUUAUUUUCCCAUGCUUUUUUUAAACAUGCUUGUGCUAACAAAUUUGUUUUUCUUAAAUUUUUUUUUUAACUUUUAGUUGCUACUUUGGUAAGAUAGAUGCAGUUCCAGAUAAACAGUUACGAUUUUGAUAACUUUCGUCACAAAGCUGUGGUAAAACACUUGUAAUUAUGUAAAAUAAAGUAAUUUCUAUUUCUGAGAUGUCAUGUCUGUAUUUUGAUUUCAGAGAGACCAAGUGAUGUGAAUGAAGGAAGAACUCUAUUUAUCAGGUAAAUUCUAAUAGGAAAUCUAAAGGAGCCAUUUAAAGCUUUAUGGGCAUUGGCUAACUUGUUUAUGGCUUAAAAUACAGCAGCACCUGUUUCACAAGAGGCUCUGGCGGUCUUGACACCCGUCUUUUUAUUUCGCGAGUUGUUUUGAAAACCAGGAGUUGUUUGGGACACCUUAGAAGACCAUUUUUGUUCUUUUUUAAACCCCAUAGAAGUUUUCUGCUGACUCCCCUACUUUAGUGGCUGAAAAUUUUACUCAGGGUUUAACUCCCCCCCCCCCCCCCAAGCAGCUGUCUUGAUGUUCUGAUAAGUCCAUUUCAUCAUCCUCCCACACACCUGUUUUUUUUGUGGUUAUGGUUGCUAAACACCCCCUGGACGCAGUCAAAAGCCACCACAUUUUGAUUUUGAGGCACAUCGGCAACCUUUGUAAAACACUGUAGGAUGACUUGAAAAAUUAUGUCUUAAACAAAAAUGUAUGGUUUUUAAUCCAUUUCUCCUUAUAACAUCAACUAAAGGAACAUGCCAUUCAACACAGAAGAGGAGGACCUCUAUGAGUUUUUCUCUCAGUUUGGUGAUGUCAAGUACUGCAAGAUUGUAAUGGACUUUCUCUCGGGAAUGCCCAAAGGUAGUUAUUAUUAUUCAAGCUCUCCAAACAGAUACUUAUUCUAUUUUAUCAUGUUUUAAUUUAUUUUAUUUGUUUGCUUAUGGUCAGUAUAACUUUCUAACGGAUUUUUGAAGAAAACAUUCAAUCAACAAAUUCUUAUUUAGUCCUUGUAUCAUCCUUGUUAUUAAAAAAUAUUCUCUGAUAUAAGUAUAAGGGACAUCACAAAACUGGACAAAGGGGAGUAAUGUUUACACAAAAAUAUUAUUGAAAUGGAUUACCUAAUAAAUGUACUUUCUACUUUAACAUGUAUGAAAUCAUAUAUUUCAAGGAAAUUCUAGGUGAAAAUGUCUUUAUCAAUGUUAGCUGAUUUCAAAUAAAUAAUAUAUAGCCGACUUAUAUUUGAAUGUCCUCAGUUUUACUACUAGAUACUAUUUGUACAGUUCUUGUCAGGAAUGUGCACCAAAAUAUUAGAGAAUGAUCAAAUUAAUUCUUCAUCCAUUGCUUAGGUUCAGCGUUUGUCCAGUUCUUGUCCAAGGAGAGUGCAGAUGCUUGUCACAAGGCUGCGACUGAGUCUGUAAGAAACUUUAUUUAUGUCCUCUGUUUACCUUACCACAGAUGUACACAAACAAAAAAAGUUGCACAGCUCAUCAUAGCAAAUUUAAUUUACUUUCUCCUAUACCACUGAAAGAGUGUAAAUAAAACACAUCUCAUUUAGUAUUUAUUUCAAUUAUAUUUAAAUUUGAUAGCUUUGAUGUUUUAAAAAAAUUGACAUUGAAGUGUGGCACUCAUCAACUCUACUUGAUAGUUCAAUGUAAAAUCUGGAAAGGGGUAAAAAAACAAAAGUAUUUAUUUAUUUUUUUUAAAGUUGGGGGAGGAGGGUUAAAAACAAAAAUGUUCACAUGAGUAUUAUUUUUUAAAAUCAAACUGUUGUAUAUGAGAAAUGUAUUUUUGAAAAUUCUUUGUGAUUCUUGAAGUAGGAUUUCUAAUGUAAAGAAGAGAAUCAUAUUAAAAAUUUCUUGUGCAAUGGCUGCAUCAUCUGUGUGGUUUCCUAUUUGAUAGCUACUGUCAUAUUACCUCACAACUGAUGAUCACCUACAAGGGUCAUGAUUAGUAUCAACUUUACACAGUGUUGUAUUACAAACUGUUGAAUGCAUACUUUGAUAGGAAAACAGGCUUACAAUUGGUGGGAGACAAAUAGUUGUGGAAAAGGCAAUCAGCAGACAGCGGGCCGAGGAACUACUGAAAAGUAAAGAGAAAAAGAAAGAACAGAAGGACACAAGAAAUCUUUACUUGGCCAGGGAAGGUGGUAAGUAAAUAACUGAAAUAACAGCAGAUAGAAUUUUCACUUUAUGUUUGCAUUUAAUUUAAAAAAAUUAAUGUUAUAAUAUGCAGAAAAACAACUAGAAUCGCCACUAGUUUUGAAAUGGGCCUUUUUAACCUUAUAUUUAUUUUACAUGAAUAAAGUAGAACAUAAUUUUAAACAGCAAGAAUUGCUAGUGUUAAUCUAUACAGUCUAGGAAAAAUAGGAUUAAUUGCCAGUGCCAAUCUAUACAAUUUCCUUUCUUAGUUAUUCGUGAAGGCACAGAGGCAGCCAAAGAUGUGCCACCAGCAGAUCUUGCAUUGAGAGCAAAGGUAAGUUGGAUGCAUUGAGACUGUCUUUGUGUGAUGCUGAUAGUGUUCAUUCCCCCUGGGGUGCGUAUCAUGUGCUGAGCUAAAAUUGCAUUUAUAGGAAAUUUAGCCAACUUGACAUGAUCCACCACCACCAGUAUGCUCUGCUGCUUUGCACAAUAGGACAACACCAGGCUCUCAAGCCUUUAGGAAAUUCAAAGCUAAGUAAUCAAAUCAUUCACUUGGCAGUUAAUCCAAGGAAUAAGGUGUCCUCAAGUUAAUUAAGCUGGCCAAUCUUAGCAAACAAAAUAGGACCAAAUGUUAAGAGGGAAUAAAUUUAAAUGAAAUUUUGCCUCAACUUUUGUUUAGCAAUUAUUGCGUAUAAGACACAUUUUGAACUGCUCAUGGGCAAUGCGUCAGUAAAACUUUAUCAUGUCUUUUUGAAGACUAUAAAAAAAAAAAUUUAUUAAGAUGUUACAAAGGGAAUUUUGUACUUCAAUGUGGUAUAUACCGCGCUUCAAGUCUUUUGGGAUGAAGCGUGAUUUUUAAAUAAUCUUUAUUAUUAUUAUUAUCAACAGAUCAGUGCUGCCUACAUUUUCAUGAAUAUUUUACUUGUAUAAAAAAUGUUCGCCUUGAAUCUGGUAUCAACAGAUCAGUGCUGCCAACAGACAGAAACUCAAGGACCAGAACAUUUUUGUGUCCUCCACCCGUCUGUGUGUCCACAACAUACCACCGACAGUAGUUGACCAGAGGUUAAGGCAAAUUGUGUACCAGGCAGCUGGAGAUAAAUCAGCCAAAGUCACGGAGGCAAGUCAGGAUGGUUCAUCGACAUGUCAUUCAUAAUAAUUUGUCAGUUGACAUGCCAGGUUAAUUAGUUCAAUUGUAGUGGUGUGUGGUAUUGUAAGUUGACAUGUCGGUCAUGUGUCAGGUUGUAAGUUGACAUGUCGGUCAUGUGUCAGGUUGUAAGUUGACAUAUCAAGUUAAUUGGUAUGAUAUCAGUAGUGAAACAGUUUGUAAGUUGACAUGUCAGGUAAUUGGUAUGAUAUCAGUAGUGAAACAGUUUGUAAGUUGACAUGUCAGUCAUGUGUCAGGUUGUAAGUUGACAUGUCAGGUUAAUUGGUAUGAUAUCAGUAGUGAAACAGUUUGUAAGUUGACAUGUCAGUCAUGUGUCAGGUUGUAAGUUGACAUGUCAGUAAUGUGUCAGGUUGUAAGUUGACAUGUCAGUCAUGUGUCAGGUUGUAAGUUGACAUGUCAGUCAUGUGUCAGGUUGUAAGUUGACAUGUCAGUCAUGUGUCAGGUUGUAAGUUGACAUGUCAGGUUAAUUGGUAUGAUCUCAGUAGUAAAACAGUUUGUAAGUUGUUAACAUUUUAUAGUGUUUACUAAGAUUUUUGCUGCAUUUUAAAAAAAAAAAUAAAUUGCACAUUAUAAUUUAAGAAAAGCAAAUGUAAAUGCAGAAUUCCUCUUAUUUAAAACAUCAUGGAAGUGUCUCAAAAUGUUAUCAAGUCAAGUGUUUCAUUACAAAAUAAGAGUGUGCUACCAGAAAUUGCUGAAGUUUAACUUGGAUUUAGAAAAAAACUUCACAUCUCCCUACACAAUGCAGUGGACACAAUUUAUUUUGGUGUUUAAUGUGAUGUUUAAUGUGGGGGGGGGGAAUGUUUGAUGUGACAGGGAAGAUGUUUAAUGUGGCAGGGGAGAUGUUUUACGUGGCAGGGAAGAUGUUUAAUGUGGCGGGGAAGAUGUUUAAUGUGGCAGGGAAUGUGUUUAAUGUGGCAGGGAAUGUGUUUAAUGUGGCAGGGAAGUUGUUUAAUGUGGCAGGGCAGAUGUUAAAUGUGACGUGGAGAUUUUUAUUGUGGCAGGGAAGAUGUUUAAUGUGGCAGGGAAUGUGUUUAAUGUGGCAGGGAAUGUGUUUAAUGUGGCAGGGAAGUUGUUUAAUGUGGCAGGGCAGAUGUUAAAUGUGACGUGGAGAUUUUUAUUGUGGCAGGGAAGAUGUUUAAUGUGGCAGGGAAUGUGUUUAAUGUGGCAGGGAAUGUGUUUAAUGUGGCAGGGAAGUUGUUUAAUGUGGCAGGGCAGAUGUUAAAUGUGACGUGGAGAUUUUUAUUGUGGCAGGGAAGAUGUUUAAUGUGGCAGGGAAUGUGUUUAAUGUGGCAGGGAAUGUGUUUAAUGUGGCAGGGAAGUUGUUUAAUGUGGCAGGGCAGAUGUUAAAUGUGACGUGGAGAUUUUUAUUGUGGCAGGGAAGAUGUUUAAUGUGGCAGGGAAUGUGUUUAAUGUGGCAGGGAAUGUGUUUAAUGUGGCAGGGAAGUUGUUUAAUGUGGCAGGGCAGAUGUUAAAUGUGACGUGGAGAUUUUUAUUGUGGCAGGGAAGAUGUUUAAUGUGGCAGGGAAUGUGUUUAAUGUGGCAGGGAAUGUGUUUAAUGUGGCAGGGAAGUUGUUUAAUGUGGCAGGGCAGAUGUUAAAUGUGACGUGGAGAUUUUUAUUGUGGCAGGGAAGAUGUUUAAUGUGGCAGGGAAUGUGUUUAAUGUGGCAGGGAAUGUGUUUAAUGUGGCAGAGAAUGUGUUUAAUGUGGCAGGGAAGUUGUUUAAUGUGGCAGGGCAAAUGUUAAAUGUGACGUGGAGAUUUUUAUUGUGGCAGGGGAGAUGUUUAAUGUGGCAGGGAAGAUGUUUAAUGUGGCAGGGAAUGUGUUUAAUGUGGCAGGGAAGUUUAACCAUCUUAGAAGAAGUACAUCAGAUUUUUUUUUUACAAGUUUAAAGAGUCCUGUCUCAGCAUUAAGUCUCAUAUUCCAUUGUUGCAGUGCCGAAUCAUGAGGGACCUCAACCGACUCAACAGCCAAGGUAUUGGCAAGUCCAGGGGUUUUGCAUUUUGUUCAUUUUCACAGCAUGCCCAUGCACUGAAUGCAUUGAACCACCUAAACAACAAUCCUAAUAUAUUUGGUGAUAAAAAGGUAACAAGUUUUGACAUUUUAAAUCUUUAUUAAUGAAUAUGAUUUUAAUUUUAUCUUGAAAUGAUAAUCCACCUAAAGUUCAUAGACUUUCUGCAAAUAGGCUAAAUAGGAAGAUAACAAUAUUUCAUAUCAUGGGCUAAUCAAAAGCUAAAAAUAGUCUUUAAAAUAGGGUUUGGCUAGAAAGUAACAUUUGCUUGACAUUAUUUUAAUUGUUUUUUUCCUAGAGACCUAUAGUGGAAUUUUCCCUUGAGAACAGAAAAGCUUUGGAGACCAAACAGAAUAGAUUAGAGAAAUCAAUGGUGAGUUUUAGCUAGAGAGAGUUUUAAUUCAGAGUUAGUUUUUAAUAGGAGAAAGAAAAGUUUCAAUGUAUAAACUGGGAUUUUUUACGACUUUUUUUUUUUUAAUUUAAGGAAAAGGAACUAAAUAAUGAGUUUUAUCAACAUCAUUUUUAUUGUAAUCUUGGUAAUCAUUGUUAGUGAUGUUAUUGCCAGGCAGAUUAGAAAACAUGUUGAUUUAUAUUUCUACAUUUCUUUUUUAUAUUAUUUUACUUGUGUGGAAACGGGUGCUGACCUGACAAGCUCUCCUGUUUAUAGUUAUUUAAGGUUAUAACAUUGUUACAAAUAUCUCAUAAAAAUCCUUAAUUCAUCACCGUGGAUUUCAUUACAACAACUUUUUUGUAUCAUCUACUUGGGUGCUUCACCAUAAAAAUAUUUAGUCACUUCAUUCACAUCAGAUUUCAACAUGUGUCUGGACACAUCAGUGAAUCACAAAAUCUUGACCAAUGUCUUUCAAGAUUUUCUUUAGAGGGAAUAUACUUCUUUGUUAAAUAAAUGUUUUAGUUACAUUUUUUUCUACAAAGUAAAAAGUGAUUGAAAUUUUAAUAUCUAGUUUAAACAUGUUGACUUUUAUCAAGCUGAAAAUCCCUGCUUUAUGGGAAAUGACAAUUGUAUGAAAUAUUUCAUUCUUUAAAAUAAUGCUAGAUUUAUGGUGUAAUGGUUGUGAUAUUGAUGAGUUAUUUGUUGACAGGCCCAGUGGAAACAGAAGGAAUUGGACCAGAAGAGCCAAGCUGCUGUGACUGGUGGCCCGGAGGGGAAGAGACAAAGGAAAAGGCAGAGGAAACAGAAGCCAUGGAAGGAUGCCAGACCAUUGGACACCAUGAAACAGCAGGACAAGGUAGCCAGGUCACUGCACAAGGUAGGGAUGACAUUUCUAUAGCUAUGUUGUAGUAGUGUAAAAACACGGUAUGUAAUGAUAUGGCUAGCAUUUCUGUAGCUAUGCUGUAUGCAAAGUAGUGUUUAAACACAGCACACAAAAAAUGGGUUGCAUUUGUGUAGCAUCAAAAAGGUAGUGUUUAUACACAGCACACAAAAAAUGGGUUGCAUUUGUGUAGGUCAACAAAGUAGAGAUUAAACUGUGUAUCUUCUGUUCUGUUAGAAAAUGAUUGGGAAAGAACCAAAUUUAAUGAUCACUGUCACAAUAAGAAUCACCAUUGUUGCAUAAUAAUGUUGUUUUUUUUCUGACCAUAAACAAAUUUUUUAAAUGAAACUUAAUUUGACUAUUACACUUAUAAUUGCCACCUACUUGGUAUGGAAGGGUCCAUUUUAUAGUUUUUGUCAAGGUCAAGAAUACAAAAACGCCUCCUUGAUAAUAGUCCUUGAUAAAACUAGUUGAUUCCACUGUUUGAUAUCACCUGUCUUUGUUUAUUGGUAUCAAACUGAGCUACAAACGUGAAACACUUCAUUAUAGUUGUGUGCAUUCAUAAUUUGUACCUGCAAUCUAUUGGGUGUGCAUGUUUUUCCGUCUUCAUCAAAUCAUUUUUUUUUUCUAUCUUUAGGGACCACUGGGACUGCCAUCUCACUCUGGCCCAAAACAGAGACACAAACAGCGACCGGGUCAACAGGGAAAAGAAGUGGGCAGAAGGGGAAUGAACAGGAACAAUAAGUUCCAGAACAGACAAGCUCAACACGCUCCACAGAAAUCUGCCAAAGUGAAACCUCCCAAAAUGAUGGUGAGUUGUUUUUUUUGUCAUAAACAGUUGUGUUUAAACAGUGUAAGUGGUCAAGAUGAUGUGCAUUCCUUUUGUGUGUUGACAUUCAGGGAUGAUGUGAACUGCUUUAGUUUUGUGUGUUGACAUUUUUAAAUGAUGUGAAAUUCUUUUGUGUGUUAACAUUUAGAGAUGAUAUGUUGUUCUUUUUUGUGUUGACAUUUAGAGAUGAUGUGUUCUUUUGUCUGUUGACAUUUAGAGAUGAUGUGUUGUUCUUUUGUGUGUUGACAUUCAGGGAUGAUGUGAACAUUUUAAUUGUCAUUUUGUAAGCGUGGGACUUGAGUUUAAUCAUGUUAUUUUGGUUUGUUUCAGCACCCGAAUAAAAAAAGGAAAGAUUUCGACAACUUUGAUAAAUUGGUGGCGUCAUACAAGCAAAAGAUCAUGGCCGGCAUGAAAUCCUAAAUCACUGACAACUAACGUCCAUACAUAGAUUCACUAUCUCACAAUGUUAACAUUUGGAAUACAGACAGGGGCAUGAUAAGACUUUUGAUCUUUGUCUUAUAAGUUGACCACUGAGCAACCUACCAACUCUGACAUCAUCAACUGCGGAUGACUCUAAGUACAAUGAUGCUUUAGUAAUAUACCCUAUCUUCAACUUAUCUUUAAAAAGUUUUUUUAAUGACACAAUUUUGUGGUAGAUACAUGAGCACUUGUACAUGGGUCUGUAAAAUUCCUCUGAAAAUUGUUGGUAAAGCACCUUUGAACUAUUGCUUUGUAGUCAUCACUAGACCUAUGAAAACAGCAGUAUUUCAUAUGAAAUAUUGUGUGAGGAUCACCCUGGCAUUCAGAUAAAAUGUUUCUAUUGACUCUUGUGUUCAUUAUGUGUAGUACUGGGUGGCACAAGUGAGGACUGGUAGCAUGUCAUCUUGUGCGAGUGUCGGUUGUGUUUCUAUGUCAGUGUGAGGAAUGCUAGUUAUUUCCCCAGGCUCAUGUGGGUCGUAAGCGUGUAGGAAAUGGUUGAGAAAGAAGUAUGUUAAUUUCAUUAGGUUUUUAUGGUGUAUUUGGUACGCAAGUAUUAAACAAUGAUUAAA